UAUGGAGGCGGUCGAGGAGGCGCCAAAGUUCGAUUUCCGGGACUUGAUUUUCAAGACGUAUUUAAUUUUUUCCUCUAGUACCCGCCAUUUCCAUUGCCCCGGACAUACGUGAAAUACACUCAAAGACAACAAUGGAUUGGGACGCUCUGUGUUUUAAUGUUGCCACUUUGAUUGCAGGUGUGUUUGUUCUUGACUAUGGCGCGGAUAAAUUCAUCGACCACACCGUCAUUGUCGGGCGACGCCUAGGCAUCUCGCAGACUGUUAUUGCUCUCUUGACUGCUGGUGCUGAAUGGGAAGAAGUCUGCAAUUCAAUGCAAUUCGAUCCAAUAUCUCUCCUGGCUAAUCCCUCAUUAGCUCGCCGUGGUGGUUGCCGCCAUUCUGCAGCGUCGCAGCCCCCUGGCCCUGGGGAACGUCAUGGGCUCGACUAUCUCCAACAUCCUCGGCGCCUUUUCUUUAGGGCUACUCUUUUACCCCCGGGGUCUGGAGUUUGACCGUAGCGCAAAGUUAUACUCGGCCCUGCUGUUCAUAGUUACGACGCUCUUCGUGAUGCUGGCAUUCUUCAACCAAUUAAACCAUAUCGUCGGUGGGGUCUUGAUUGCUAUUUUUGCCCUCUACAUCGUCUCUAUCAUCUACGCUAUAUAUAAGGGUGUAGCCUCACCCCCAGAACUAUCAGACAGUGAUAGCGACGGAGAAUCCAGUGAUAGCGAGGACGACGAAUUCGCCAACCACGCCCCUCUCUCCGAGACCUCUCCUCUCAUCGCGAAUGAUCAUGCGCCGUCAUCAACAGACAAAGGGAGCAGACGAUGCAGAAGCUUUCCUUACCACAUAUUCCAGCUCAUUCUCGGAUUCAUCUCGCUUUCACUGUCGGGAUAUAUCCUCUCCCACAGUGCCGUCACCAUCGCCGACUCCCUGCAUCUCUCGGGAACCGUCUUCGGUCUGACUGUUGUCUCCUUUGCUACUACUCUGCCAGAAAAACUGGUAGCAAUCCUUAGUGGUUCCCGCGGCCACGGUGGCAUUAUGGCCGCGACGACGGCAGGAAGCAACAUUUUCCUGCUGACGCUCUGUGUUGGUGUCGUUGCUGUGGCAGGGUACCCGGCACAAGAGGCAGAUAAUUUUGUGCUUUUUGAGCUGGUGGCAGUCUGGCUGUCCUCUCUGGUAUUCUGUGCUGUCAUCUUUUUAGGACUUGGGAGGAGUGCAGGUGUAGUGCUCCUGGUUACAUACCUCGUGUUCCUGUGCUUGGAGUUUACCGUUUACCGGCGUUGAUUAGGGCAAUCUGUCUUCGUAUUAUUCAGCGCCAUUUUGAAACAAUGUACGAACAUGAGACUUGUAUAGCUUCCUUUAGAUAUAGAUAUCAAUAUGAGAGCGGGAUAUUCUGUACUA